GCACGCCUCUAGGGACGGGUUCAGUGUACUAUAAAGCACUGGAUUUCUUGGGGCCUUUGUCCCGUUGGCAUCGCUCCAUACGCUGCUUGUGUGUUUUGCUAUGGCGGCGGGAAUAAGCGAAGGGCUGACAACUUGAUAUGAUACUGAUUUGACACUCUUGGGUGCCCUGCGGGUGGUUCGAGGGAACGCCGGCGUAACCCGCGAUCGCCGGUAAACUUCGGCCAGAAUUUACAAAACCAAGGUGUGCAUUUCUUAACUUUGUGUUCAACUUCCUUGCGCUGGCCUGCAGGGUUGACGACAAUUGACUGAUGGCUUUCGAGCUGGAGGUAUGUGUGGACUCGGUGACGUCGGCGCUGAUAGCUGCAGAGUCGGGGGCCACACGAUUGGAGCUAUGUUCUGGUUUGGCUGUCGGAGGACUGACCCCCAGCUUUGGCUUGUUCCAAGCAAUCCGGCAGCGAGUUCCCCUGCCGAUCAUGGUGCUGGUGCGGCCGAGGGCUGGCGACUUCUGCUACACGGCCGAGGAAGUCGAGGCCAUGGUGACCGACAUCACCCUGUUUCGGCAAAACGGCGCACACGGCUUUGUCAUAGGGGCACUCACCAGGGAAGGUGAUGUCGACAUGCCCACCUGCCAGCGGCUGCUUGCUGCUGCUGGUCCACAAGCGGACACCACCUUUCACAGAGCAUUUGACGUCGCCAGGAAUCCACAGACGGCCUUGGAGCAGGUGAUCGAGCUUGGCUUUCGGCGUCUGCUAACCAGUGGCCAAGCUGCCAGCGUAGAUCAUGGCUUGGAGCUGCUCGCCAGACUUGCCAACCAGGCCAAGGGCAGAAUACAGUUGAUGCCAGGCGGAGGUGUCCGGGAGUCCAACCUGGCCCACCUGCUGCACGCUACAGGAGUUCGGGCCGUACACGCCUCCGCAAGCGAGCCCGUGCCCACUGCUGCGGCGUCUGCGCUGUCAUUUGGCGAGCUGCGGGUUUGCAGUGCCGCUCGCGUGCGUUCUCUUCUGGCCAUUGUCUAUGCGCAAGGCCACCUGUAGGCGAGCCACGCAGAGUCAUCACGGCGACCAAAGAGUGUGUCUUUCAAGGCUCGUGCAGUGGCCUUUGGUAACGCAUGUGUGAUGCUUUGGGGUGCACGUAACCAUUACCAGGGUUCUCUGUGGAAAUGUGAUCACUGAGCCAGCAUGGGAUUGUGAGCAGCGUGUAUGGAUUUCUCUUGGACUGAGGGACCUGUUGAUUGAGAGUGUGUGGUAAAACACCACUACUUCGGCUUUGCUGGGAUGGAAAGAAAGGUCCGGUUUAUACAGUGGAUCAGGAUAUUGAGAUUGUACAGUAAAAGCUUGUUAAUUAUGAUAUGCUGCAGAAAGAAGCAUUCCAAUUAUCCAGAACAAAGAGAACAGCAAAUGUUUACCAUGCGAAUAUUCCUUCAUUUACUGGGUAAUUAUGUCAUCCUCAUUCAUAUAGUGCACGAAAUCUGCAAUUUCAGUCAUCCUCUGCAAAUCGUAGGCACGUGCAAUUUGGUAGGAGAGCUUGCACGAAAUGUAUGCAGAAUGUCAAGGGUCUCGUAACUUACUUUGCAGCGUGACAUACGCGUCUUAAACUAUGCAGGCAAACUUAUCAUUUACCGAGCUCGCCUGCGAACUGUUUCAUUGCCAUUGGGCUGACUGGCUACUGAUUAUCUGCUGCUGUAGUAAGCAAGUUUGACGAUAGCUCACAGGUCAGAGUCAAACUACAUUCCAUUGUAUUUGCGAACAGUUUCCACAGUGUCUGUCAUACUGCAAGCCUCGUUCAUACUGAGUUGACGCAAAGCAAUAACUGCUUGCGGGUGCUGCCGCCAUCACAGUAGAAGAAUCUCCAGUUGCAAUGAUGGUGAUUGUUGAGCCACAUGGCCGCAUGUCCAACGGAGUGUCGAAUGCAGUGUAAAACGCAUGAAAGAGCGUCAGGCCUUCCUUCCCACAGUACCUUCCCAAGUGACGGAAGGAACACUGAAGUAUUCGAUAAGUCCUGCUGCAUUGUAUUCUUUUUUUUUUCUUCUUCUUUUUCACUAUCUAAUGAAAAUUUCUUAAGGAAAGAUGCUACUCGAAAAAAAAAAAAUAUAUUGUUAUUUGUACUAGAGACUUGAAAAUACAGUUGAAUCUCGAUAAUUCGAACUCAAAGGGAUCCGAGAAUAUGUAUGAACUAAAAGAAGGUCGAAUUAAAAGGACUUGGUUUUGAAGUAUUCGUGCACCAUAGCACAAUGCACGAAUGGUGAGAGUCGUGAAAUGUUGCAGCGCGCAAGCACACAGCGAGCGAGGACCACGAAACUGCCCACGCCGGCCAACGCUCACCUUCCCGACAAUGGCAAAAAAAAAACAGAACUUCCAAGGAGCAAGCUAAGCUGGCCACAGGGCUGGCGGCGCAGGCGCGGAGACCGUCGAAGACGAGGGAGUUACAAGGGAGUUGAGAGGGAGGGUGAAGGGAGCGUAGUUGCGAGGAAGGCCAGGAGGAAAGCGGAUUCACUUUCUCGCCAACUUGCUGGAUGGCGCUAAUUACCUCUGCCACCUAUUGCCUCCGAAGCGGCGGAGUUGCCGAGGUCAGACUGGGCCCCCGCUGCUGCUUUUCCCUCUGCGUGCAUGCUUGUUUUUUCCGUCGUCUGCUGACAGAUCGGCGCUGUGUUUACCUUCUUCGGCCUGCGUGCUUAACGAGAGUCAUGUCUUAUCAAGAUCACGAAGUCAUUGCCGCUGAUCAUAAUCACAUUGGUGUGCUCCUUUCUGUUGCGGCGUCACCGCAUUCAAAAGACAAGGAGAAUGAGGUACUGGGUGUCGCCUUCGUGUCCUUGUAUUCAGGGUUUGUCUUGCCGUACAGAAUCGGAUAUGGCGCACUGUCUCCAACAACCUUUCCACCAGAACGUCUCUGUUCGCACUUGUUUUUUACAAUCAUGCAUCUAAACAGAGGCGUUCCGGCGGAAAGGUUGUUGGAGACAGUGCGCCAUAUCCGAUUCUGUACGGCAAGACAGACCCUGAAUACAAGGACACGAAGGUGCAAACCAGACCAACCAAAACAAGUGCAAGCGAGAGCUGACAUGAGGAGACGAUAGUGCAAAGCAAUCGGUCCGGCUGAACCAGAUGAGAGUACGAAUAGAGCAGUAGGACAGCUCCACAUGAUACCACUUUCCUGUGCAUACGUCACUAGAGGCUACUCUUAUUGGUCUCCUCCACUUGCUUGCCGCAGCGGCAUUCUGCACAACUGCAGAAUGUAGUGAUCUUUGGAGGCUUAAAUUAAAUUUCACCAAAAGCAUCAUCCUGUACCUUAUUUAACUCUUUGUAGACUGCAAAGUGCCAAUAUCUAUCCAAACUGCACGUACAGUUAGUGGAGCUAUGCAAGAAAAGAUGAGUAAACUUCAAGAAAUUAUUUUCACAGACUCAUGAAAUGUAACCUUCUGCUUUCUCAGCUACUGCCGAGAGAAUUGCAAUUUCAAUUAGAUAUCAGCAUUGUACAUAUUAUGAAGAGUAUACGUGCCAGAUUUCAUUAGUACAGUACAGUCAAGUGCACGAGGUUAUUCCCAUAGGAUUCCAAGAAAGACUAGUUGAAGUUUACUAAUCAUUUCUUGUUUAGUUCUGCUAAUUAUACAUGCAGCUUGGAUAGAUGUCUGUGCUUUGCAGUCUACAAAGAGCUAACUAAAUAAGCUACAGCACGAUGCCUUUUGUGACAAUUUAAUACACAAGGAAGGGCCUCUAGAGAUUACUAUAUUUUGCAGUUGUGUAGGACAUAACCACAGAUGUAUAGCAGCUACACAAAAACUAAUGACAUAUUUGAAAUCUACAUGAAAAAGCUGCACGAAUGGCAGUAUUUCCACAUUUGUAGUACAAAUAACAAAACUUAUUUUCGAGUAGCUUGUCCCCUUAAUGGCAAGCUUCCAACUUUCUGUAUUAUAACUACUAAGCUUUUCCUAGUUAAUCGGUGUAUGUGACCAGAAUUAGCAAGCAUCUGGUGGGAACUGAAAUAGUGCACAUUUUCCUAGGUCAAAUAGCAGACCUAUAUGGUAUAGUUUUCCCAAAAUAAUGUAAUAACACCCAUGUACCGUGCCUUGGGCGCACGUUAAAGAACUCCAUGUGGUCAAAAUUAACCCAGAAUCCCCCACUAUGGUGUGCCUCAUAAUCGUAUCGAGGUUUUGUAAGACCCCAGAAAUUAAAUGCUUUUCCCGAAUUAAGGUUUCACUGUACUUCAUGAUUUUUCAUCAGGUGGCUCCUGUACAGCUUAUCAGAUAGUCAAACCUCCACAUAACAAAGCCAUGUCAGUGAAAGUUUUCGUUAUAUGAAAAUUUUAUUCAGACAUGGCUUAUGUGUUGUGGUGGUACUUGGAGCACUGAACACCCUCGUGGAACACUUCCGAUGGAUAGCAUUGUUUUAGGAGCAAGCAUCUGUAGUCGCCGACGGAUUUUUCGGACUCCAACAAUUCGAACUUGAUGGAUAUUCCGGACUUGAUAAAUGUAGCUUCAGGGUUCCCAUAGAGCCAGUGCAUUUUCGCAACCAAAUUUUUUGACGAAUUGAGGCCCCCAAAGUUUGAUUUUCCUAACUAAAUCGCUCAUUCCAAGCCACGCUACCGAUCUUGGGGGGCUGCCAUGUUGGGUUUUCCACAGGCUUGGCAUUCAGUGGCCCACUAUAUAGCCUCCAAAAUUGGAAGGACCACAUUCAACAGAGCGCAUGCGAUAUGUUCCAGUCUUGGGGGCCACGCCUGCCCUUCCUUGGCUGACAAAACGCUCCAGGGGUCAACACUUGUUUCUUUUCCAAUCAGCGCUAUCGUCAGGAUCACUUCAUGCAGGAUCCCCCCUCCCCCCCCCCCCUUUUUUUUCAUUGCUAUUUUGCACGUGGUGUGCCUACAAAGCAGGUGUCUCUCGGAGACUUCACAUCUUUGUGUACGUGUGGCUUUGCAUUUGCGUGAUCGGCACCACCUUGCGUGCCUUUGCGAGAGCCAAUUGGUGCAAAGAAACGUGGCUAGUUUCUCCGUGGCAAUCUCCGGCAACGGAGAUCGCGAAUCCAGCAACACAUUUGUCAGAUUGUAUGUAGAGGCGUCACUCUUGCGCAAAGCUGAGCAAAUUUGAUCACCUUCUAAGCGUAGUAUGUUGCACAGUAUUAUUAGGCACUUUUUUUUUUUUUACGCCGCUCUAAGCCUAAUAUAUUUUUUGUGUGUGUGAACAAGUUUUUCGGACUGUUUGAUUUCUCAGACUAUUUUCAGUCCCCGCGAGCUCCGAAAAAUCGGUCGGCGACUGUACAAAUGAAAUCCUGGUAGAUGCCCAAGCGAUAAUUUUAGUCAAGUGCAUCUGCUGUCACUUGUGAGGGCAAUGCGCAUUCAGGAGAAAGCAAAGCUACAGUGUGGGGCACACGUAGUGCUAGAGAAAUGGCAUUGGACGGACCCACGCACAUUAUGACCAGCAGCCAAUGCUAGGUUUCCAUGUUUUGUUUUCUUUACAAUGCUUCAGUGAAAUCUAGUGUACUCUAGUACACUAUUCUGAGAAUAACAGCUGCUCAGUGGCACUGAUGCUAGCAAAAGAAACGGCUUCUCUUCCUUGGUGCUGCAUUCAUGUAGGAUGCAUGUUCAACUUGACGUUGCCUCCUGCCUGCAACAUCCAUUUCAUGCUGCACCAUAGCCGUGGCCCAAGUGCAUACUGCAGAAUACCUGCGUUAAUCCAUUGUUGUAUGGAACGCAUUGCAGCUGUAGUGGCGCAUGGGUAAUUAUAUCUGGAUGCUGUUUCAAUAGGUAGGGUGGGACAGUCAGAAGUGCAGUGAAAAACAUGGUCAUAAACUGCUCAAUUGAUAUAAGUGGGUUCAAUUGUAUUUAAAAUUUCAAAUAUGAAUGGGAUCAUUCUUGCCGUACGAUUCAAGCAAUCGCUAUUCGAAAUUGUUGGUUAAUUAUUUCUAUUCAAAUGACAGCAUUGGAGAGAGAUGGACCGAUGCAGGACUGUUCUGAACAAUUCUGCUGCAGGGGAGCCACGGUUGUUGUGCCAAGGCACCAGUUCCUGAGCAAACGUACCGAGCAGAUAACCUAUGCUCUCUAAUUUGCAGACAUUCAAUAAGAGUGCCUCACUUUUAGGAGUCCUAUAUUGCAAAUUUGUUGUCAGUUUGGGCUAAGCAAUGCAUUAUUUGACCAGUUUCGGGUUGUCUGCACAUUGUGCUGUAGUAUCCUACGUCUCGCCGUCAAUGAACACUCCAAACGUUGGCUAUAAGAAACUUUUUCACUAAAAUCGUUUUAUUGAUAAUGAUGAUGUUUGGCCACUGCAGGAUGGCUGUUUGUGCAGCAUUAUACCACAGCUCAAAUUUCACACUGUAGUAUGACAUCUGCGAUAUAUUAUGCUAUAAGUUACCUUGCAGUAGAGAAGCCAAACAUUUUCGCAAGUAACAAGCCUCCAAAAUACUUACUACCAGGCAGUUUGGGCAAAAAUAGGUGGAACCUGGCAACCCUGAUGGCAGCAUCAGCUACGUCUGCCACAGUUGGCUGUUGACUGUCAGGACAUCUUUUCUUGUCCCACCUGGUUCGGCCAAUGCUACUUACCAGGUCAUUGUUUGUCACCUAUGGCAAUUGAAAAGCACACUGUUCUGUGCCAAAUUGUACAGUAGUGUUAAGUGUGUCAGUAUUCAGAGCACAGCACAUUGAUGCUCAGUCUGUGUAUUUAGAAUACUGCUGCUUUGCCAUGUGAAAAGCCUUUUGUUAAGAAAGGGAAGCUGCACCAUUAAGCCUGGCCACCAAGAAGUGUAGUAGCAGUGUUGCAUUAUGAACUGAGAGUAAGUAGCAACUUGUUCCUAUAGAUGUGCAAACUUGUGCUGCGUUAGCGGUGCAACUAAAGCUGUAUUACGAAACAGCAAUGUCUCGCCUGGUAGGAAAGUACACAGUGCACUAACACCUUCUGCCUGGCUGACAAAUUUAAUGAGACUCGAGGGAACAGACUUCACCGGUAGCCAUUUUAGAAGCUCACUGCUGUACAGAUAAUAAGGUGCCCUUUGGAACUGGUAGCAGUGGUGAGCCAUUGCUACGAUCAUUUGAAUCAAUGGCUGCCAGUUGGAAAGGUAGUCAUUAAUGUUGCCUUCAGGUGGAUAAAAAAAAAAAAAAACGCUGACCGUAAAACGGCGCACUCCAAAACUGCUUGUACAGGCAACAGCCAUUUUCCUGUUUGCUGUCAUACAAGGCAAAGAAAGUGAUAGUAUUGGUCAAGCUUUGAAAGCGAAAUGACCCCAACUCAAAGUGGCACUACAUCUGUCUUGGUAGGUGUCCGAGAGGUGAAGCAUAAUAUCCAGAUUCUGUUUGCUCGUGCUUUGUAUAUGCCACAGUUCAUCCGUUUUUAUAUAUUUAUAUGUGCGUCAUUCAUGCA